AUGAGGAUGGGUAGUACAUCUUAUUACUCUAAAAGAACCUUGCUGGUUAUUAUUGAGUCUACAGCAGUGGGAGUACGGGGUGAAGAUGGACGGAUUAUCAACGUAAAAUUGCUGUACAGAAAAUAUGUAGCCGUAACGAAGUGGUACUCAAGUUGGAUCACUUACCUCCACAACUCUCAGUACCCACAAUUACCUCUAUCUAUUUUGAGACUUCACUGUCGUCUUUAUAAUGUCGGUUUCCCAAAGAAGGUCGAUGGUUGCCAGUUACGAAAUGACAUCACAGCAUCUCAGUUUUCAUUAUUUUCUCGAGAUUCCUAG